AUGACGGAAAACAGCAUGGCUACUGUAGAUAUUUGCUGUCGGAGCAGGAGAAUUAACAAUGCCUGGAUACGCGCAACUAGUGAUGGGUCCUGCCGGAAGUGGAAAGAUAUUCGAGAACUGAUCCAGGUAGAUGACGUUAUGGAGGAUGACUCUCUGAGAUUCGGCCCCAAUGGAGGACUGAUCUUCUGUAUGGAGUACUUCGCCAACACCUUUGACUGGCUGGAGGAGAGUCUUGGUCAUGUGGAGGAUGACUACAUACUGUUUGAUUACCCUGGUCAGAUCGAGCUGUAUACGCAUCUGCCUGUAAUGAAGCAGCUUGUGGAGCAACUGCAGCAGUGGGAGUUUCGCGUGUGUGGAGCGAUGACAAAAAAUUAAAUGAAGGAAAUGCAGCAAUUUAUCUCUGGAGUUAUGGCUGCUUUGAGUGCCAUGGUGACAUUAGAAAUCUCACAAGUCAACAUAAUGACCAAAAUGGAUCUACUCAGUCCAAAGGCUAAGAAGGAAAUAGAGAAGUAUCUGGACCCGGAUAUGUACUCAAUGAUGGAGGAGAAUUAACUCAGGAAAGAGAAAUUCAGGAAAUUAACCAAGGCCAUAUGUGGUUUGGGUAAACGGCACUGUUUUCUUUAGAUUGAUGAUUACAGUAUGGUUCGUUUCCUGCCCUUUGACCGCACUGAUGAGGAGGGCAUCAACAUUGUCCUGCAGCACAUUGAUUUCUCCAUACAAUAUGGUGAAGACCUGGAGUUUAAAGAGCCCAAGGAAAUUGAUGGGGAACCCAGUAACACAAAUUUCGACGAGUUCUUCCAAGACAGAGACGAUUCUUGAGAUCACACUUGAAAGACAGCCAGAUUUGUUCAAUUAAGGGUUUCAUUUAUUUAAUCUAUGUUUUGUGUCACUGUCAUUCAUAAUGUCAUUAGUUGAAGGAUGCAACCAUAACCUGUGCAAUGCCUCUUGAUCUUAACGGGGUUUUAUAAAAUGUAAUCCAUUUUUUAGAAGUGCAUAUUUAUUUCUGCAAUAAA